AUGCAUAUUUUCCGCUCGUGGACACUCGUUAGCCUCUGCUUCAUGUUCUCAGCUUCGGCAACAUCUUCCAAACCAGCGACCGAGUUUAUACGAAAGCACCAGCAGAAUGUACUCUCCAGUCUUCCCUUCGACAAUGUACAAGAUUUUGACGAUGCGGCAAGAGGCUUGAUUGGCCAGCUGCGGCCGAACAAAAUCACUACAACAAACGGUAGCAUUGUUUGGGACGGUGGCAAUUACGAAUUUCUGAACAAUUCCAGUCCUGAUACUGCUAAUCCUAGCCUAUGGCGCCAGUCCAGACUGACUGGCAAGGAUGGACUUUUCGAAGUUGUGGAAGGUAUAUAUCAGGUCCGCGGUCUUGACCUGUCACACACAACCUUUGUUGAAGGUCCUCGAAGCAUCGUGGUCAUCGAUACACUUACGACUACGGAGACUGGCGCCGCCGCUUUAGAGUUGUACCGCAAAUAUCGUAGUGACAAACCCAUCAAAGCCAUCAUCUACACCCAUUCUCACGCUGAUCAUUUUGGCGGUGUAAGAGGGUUUGUCUCCCAGGAAAGCGUCGACUCUGGUGAGGUGGAAAUUAUUGCACCCUCGGGAUUUCUUGAGAGUGCCGCGUCAGAGAACAUCUACGCCGGCACCGCGAUGAGCCGGCGCAGCGCCUACAUGUUUGGCGCAGCGCUGCAGCGUGGGCCAACUGGGCAGAUCGGCGCCGGUCUUGGGCUGACCUUGCCGCUUGGGCCGGCGGGGCUGAUUGCGCCCACCACUCUCAUAAGUACGACUGGUUCGAAAAUGGAGGUGGAUGGCAUUCAAAUGACGUUCCAGAUGGCUCCCGGCACAGAAGCUCCCUCCGAGAUGCUCAUAUACCUGCCGCAGUUCAAAGCGCUGUGUGCGGCGGAGGAUGCGACUCACACCAUGCACAACAUACUGACGCUGCGCGGGUCUCUCGUGCGUAAUGCUCGCGACUGGGCGCAUUAUCUCACGGAGACGAUUGACUUGUUCGGCGACGGCCUCGAGGUUGUGUUUGCAAGCCAUCACUGGCCGACUUGGGAGCAAGAGCGCGUGGUGAAAUAUCUCACCUGCCAGCGGGACAUGUACGCGUACUUGGAUGCUCAGACAUUGCGCAUGAUCAACCAAGGAUUUACGGGAAGCGAGAUUGCCGAGAACUUUACAUUGCCGCCGGCGCUGGAGCAAGCCUGGAACACGCGAGGCUACUAUGGCUCCAUCAGCCACAACGUCAAAGCCAUAUACCAACGCUACAUGGGAUGGUUUGAUGGUGUGCCGGCAAACCUCUGGCAGCACACUCCCACCGAGAGAGCCCGUCGCUAUGUUGACGCGAUUGGCGGACUGGAACCUUUGGCGGAGAAGGCGAGGUCAGCUUUCGCGCAAGGUGACUAUCGUUGGGCGGCCGAGUUGUUCAACCACGCAGUCUUUGCCUACCCGAGGAAUCAGACCGUUCGUGACAUGCUUGCAGACACGUACGAGCAGCUGGGAUAUGGCUCCGAGAAUGGGCCCUGGCGAAAUUUCUACAUUUCAGGAGCGACGGAGCUUCGGAGCGGCAACUUUGGGACGCCAACUUCGUUCGCGUCGCCUGACAUCAUGUCGCAGCUCACUCCGGAAAUGGUGUUUGACUCGCUCUCGGUGCUCAUCAAGGGGCCGGAGGCCUGGGGAGAGGACAUUCAGAUCAAGGUUUCUCUGACGGACAAGUCCAAGGAUUAUUACGUGUGGCUUUCCAACGGAGCGCUCGUCUACAGUCAGAAAGCGCGCAAAACCAAGCCAGAUGUGACGAUUUGCUGCGAGGCAAAGGUGUUGCCCACGAUGGUAAUCUCGAUGCUCGACGUCGGAAAGAUGAAGGCGGCUGGAAUGAAGAUUGCAGGCAAUGGCGCGAAAUUAGAGCAGCUUGCCGGGGUUCUUGAAGCUGGUGAUGGCGACUUUAAUAUUGUCACACCGUAG